AUGGCAGAUAGUUUAGUGGAAACGCCCACCGCGGCCAGUUCGGCUCAUUUGAUGAAUCUAAACGUCAUAAACGCGAUGUCGACCAGCAGUGCAAGCGAUCCGGGAAGUUCCGCUUCCUCGUCGUCCGCUCCAUCGUCGAGUGUGGCCACGUCGUCUGGUACGAACGGGUCGGGCAAUGUGUCCGGCACUAUCGAUCAGACUGCUGCCAGCAACACUAAUGGUAGCAGCAGCAGUGGAACAUCACCGUCCGUUUUGAUGUCGGUCAGCGCUACGACAAGCUCCUCCCAAACGACCGGCCGCCAGUCAAGUUUGGCUUCCGAUCUGCUGCUUAAUCAGAUGCUAAACAUUGCACAGCAUCGUGCCGCAAACAAUGGUGGCAACCAGCAGCAACCGUCAUCAUCAUCCUCAUCGACCCCGAACGUCCCGUCCUCGUCGUCCACCGUAUCCUCCUCCGGCACACCGGUCGUUAGCUCACAGCUAACCUCUGUACCUACGGCCGGCGGAGACAUGAUCCCCACCAUCAUUACCUUUUCCGCGAUCCCUUCUUCGUCCUCGUCGUCCUCUUCAUCGUCGGCCUCGUCCUCGUCCGUGCAGCAGCAGCCGCUCGAGCUGCUGCACCGCGAAACACCCAAACAGGCACCGGCCAACCGCAAUGUGGCCGCGUCCAUCCAUGGUCGGCCCGUCGACGAACGGGGCGACGACGAUGGCGAACCGGAAGCGAAGCGCAAAAAAGUCGAUAAACCGAGUGCAAAGGUCGAAAAGCUGGAGCUCCGUCUCGGCGGUAUACUGUGUUGUGCCGUCUGUCUCGACCUGCCGAGGACUGCCAUGUAUCAGUGCUCCAUGGGACAUCUGAUGUGCGCUGGAUGCUUUACGCAUUUGUUGGCCGACGGAAGACUGCGCGAUCAGAAUGCUACCUGUCCGAACUGUCGUACAGAAAUCAGUAAGAACAACUCGUCGCGUAAUUUGGCGGUCGAGAAGGCAGUUUCGGAACUGCCGGCCGAAUGUCAGUACUGUUCCAAGGAGUUUCCGAACAAAUCGAUCGAUUACCACGAAUCGACCGAAUGUGAAGAUCGUCCGACGGACUGCAAGUAUGCACGCAUCGGUUGUCAGUGGCGUGGUCCAAUACAUGAGGUGACGUCCCACGAGGCCAACUGUGCCCAUCCGAGAAAAUCUGGCGCAGACGUGAUGGUGGCGCUCCAGGCACAUGAUGUGAAGGCGGCCGAGGAUAAGAAGCUGUUCCUCACGCUGAUCGAUUUGCUGAGCUAUGAGAAGAUCAUUUUUAACGAUUUACAGCUCAAACCGUACCGAACGGAUGAGUACGUCCACCGUCUGUACUAUGAAACGAGCCGUUUCUCCGCCUUCAACCAUCAAUGGGUAGUGAAAGCGAUCAUCAACAAAAGCCAGCGCGAUCCACACGAAUCUUGCGAGCGCGAUAUUACUUAUCAGCUUAUUUUGAAAUCAAAAACAACGAGUCCGUUGCCGAUGCACUUCUUCGUACUUCGUGGCCCAUUUUCCGACAUUAAGGUGGACACGCAAAUCUACAAGCACGAUUUCGCCGACACGGAAACGGAAAGUCCGUUCAAGCUGCUACCCCUGCCGGAUACCGCCGAAUGUAACAGGCUGCUGGCAGCGAAAGCAAUCAAUUUCAGGUUAAUUAUGUUUUUGGCCUCAAAAUAA